AUGUUGUCUCAUAGGCCAGAUGAACGGCCGACAACAUACGGUAUCAGAGCACGGCCCCCGCUCAACUGUGACUCACCACUCAGUACCUCUAGUGAGUGGCACUUUGAGUUGCCGAGCAGACGUCGGCUUUCCACCUCCUGUUCUACAAAUUCAACCAUGGAGAGGUAUACCAUUGAGGAGCGCAUUAAGAUUGUUCAAGCAUUUCACGAAAAUGGGUGUUCAACUCUAAAUGCAUUUCGUGCACUUCGUGAUUUUUUUGGUCACCAUAAUCGACCAAAUGUGUCCACAAUCAGGAAAAUUGUGGGCAAAUUUCAGCAAACCGGAUCUCUGGUAAAUGUGAAAACACCUGUGCCUGGUCGCCCAGUUCGUUCUACUCGUCGUCGUGCGCAACAAUUGAAUAUCUCACGAACAUCACUGAUGCGAAUAUUGCAUAAAGAUUUGAAUUUAGAUGCUUUCAAGGUUCAAUUAACUCAAGAUCUGAAGCCUACUGAUCAUUUCAAGCGUCGUCAAUAUGCCGAAUGGUUGGUUGAACAGACAGAAGUCAAUGAUGAUUUUUCAAAGAAAAUCAUCUUCAGUAACGAGGCACACUUUCACCUCAGUGGAUUCGUAAACAAGCAGAAUUGCCGCAUUUGGGCAAAUGAGAAUCCACGAGUGAUUGUUGAAAAACCGAUGUAUUCAGAAAGAGUGACUGUUUGGUGCGGUUUAUGGGCUGGCGGCGUCAUCGGGCCGUACUUCUUCGAAAAUGAGGUCGGCCAAGCAGUUACCGUGAAUAGUGUUCGCUAUCGUGAAAUGAUAACGGACUUCUUGUGGCCAGAAAUUGAGGAUAUGGACCUGGACGAUAUGUGGUUCCAACAGGAUGGUGCCACUUGCCACACAUCCAACGAAACAAUGGCUCUUUUGCGCGAGAAAUUCAAUGGCCGUGUUAUCUCACGUCGUGGCGAUGUUAAUUGGCCGCCACGAUCAUGUGAUUUGACACCGUUGGACUUCUUUCUUUGGGGAUAUUUAAAAGAAAAAGUGUACGUCAAUAAACCAAGAACAAUUCAAGAGCUAAAGGAUGAGAUAAUUCGGCAUAUUAACGACAUUGAGCCACAAUUAUGUCUCAGAGUCAUUCAAAAUAUGGAGCAUCGGAUAGAGGUAUGCCACCGAAGCCGGGGCGAACAUUUGGCCGAUAUUUUGUUCCACACAUAAUUUUCAUAGAUCCUUAUAUCAUAAUAAAAUAUAUUAAGAUAACUCUCUGAAAACUCGUUGUUUUAUUUACAAUUUACCUCGUGCAUUUUGGGUGGACCACCCUUUAUAAUAAAGUUUUGAUGUAUGUUUUUUACGUUAAAUUGCGUUUUUCCUGUUUGGACAUUGUAUUUUGAGAAAUAUAUAUUUUUUUAUAUUUUGAUUAUCAUGUGUAAAAACAUAACAUCAUUACAUAUUCUUUCCACUGAUUCUGUAAACAUUAAUAAAUUGAAUUUAAAGAGGAAGGUAAGAAGAUCGUAGUCUGUAAAGGAAAUCAUAUAUAUUCAAAUUGGAUUUAGAUUUCUAUGGGAAAAUUGGGACAAUCUUUGAAACUUUGCCACUAAAGAAAAAUUUAAAAUUGGAAAUACUAGCGUUGAUUUUUUUAUGCAGCAUUUAGUUAUUGAACUUUCAUCCUCUAAUUUGCUGUAUAUCCCUCUCAUUUUAUAUUUUACUAAUAUCGCUUCAUAAUAAUAAUAAUAAUUCUUACUCGCUUAUUGGUUAACGUACAGAGUU